AUGUACGAGGAUGCUGACAGCAAUAUUCAUGGUACCCCAAACAGGAAACUCCCCAAAUGCCCAUCAACCGUAGAACAGACAAGAUGCAGUGGGCGGCACUGGUCCCACUACAUCCUCCUGGAGCCUCACCACCCUGAACCAGCAGGUGCCCGCCCAGCGGCUGGUGGCUCCAGUAUGGCUGGCCUGACAGGCCCCUUUCAGGCCAUCGUGGCCUCUGGCUCCUUCGAUCGCAAGCUCAGCAGCAUCCUCACCGACAUCUCCAGCUCGCUGAGCUGCCAUGCGGGCUCCAAGGACUCGCCCACCCUGCCCGAGUCUUCCGUCACCGACCUGGGCUACUACAGUGCCCCCCAGCACGACUACUACUCGGGCCAGCCCUACGGCCAGACGGUGAACCCCUACACCUACCACCCCCAGUUCAACCUCAACGGGCUCGCGAGCACGGGCGCCUACUCGCCCAAGUCGGAAUAUACCUACGGGACCUCCUACCGGCAGUACGGAGGGUACCGGGAGCAGCCGCUGCCCGCCCAGGACCCAGUGUCGGUGAAAGAGGAGCCGGAAGCCGAGGUGCGCAUGGUGAACGGGAAGCCCAAGAAGGUCCGCAAGCCGCGCACCAUCUACUCCAGCUACCAGCCUCACGCAGACACAGCCCUUGGAAGCCCUUGCCUGUGGGCUGGCCUGGGCUGCGGCUGCCUGCGUGGGGCCCCGGCCGCCGGGAAUCUGGGUCACCCGGUGAAAAUCUGGUUUCAGAACCGCCGCUCCAAAUUCAAGAAGCUCUACAAGAACGGGGAGGUGCCCCUGGAGCACAGCCCCAACAACAGCGACUCCAUGGCCUGCAACUCGCCUCCGUCACCCGCCCUCUGGGACACCUCCUCCCACUCCACUCCGGCCCCUGCCCGAAGCCAGCUGCCCCCGCCGCUCCCGUACAGUGCCUCCCCCAGCUACCUGGACGACCCCACCAACUCCUGGUAUCACGCACAGAACCUGAGCGGACCCCACUUACAGCAGCAGCCGCCUCAGCCGGCCACCCUGCACCAUGCCUCGCCGGGGCCCCCGCCCAACCCUGGGGCUGUGUACUGAGCACCCACCUGGCCUGAACCUCCCACGAAGGACUCCCGGGACCAGACAGAAGGCGUCUCUGUCCUCGCCGACACUCAGGAAUCAUCGAGGAGCACCGGGGGAAGGGAACGCCCCUUCCCCUGCCCUUGUCCCUUCCUCCAGGGACCCAAGAGCUCCAGAUGAAAUUUGCAUGGGCCACGGAUGUCCCCCCGAACCUCUGUCCCCCUGCCUAGACACUGGGGUACCCUUCCAGAUGCUGGGACACUCCCCUCCAGCCGGGACAGGUGUCCUCCUUCUGUCCCAGGUGCCUGGAUUGGCUUUACGUGGCUUGUCACCUUGCCGCCUCUAACACUUAGUACUUGUUUCCCAGACUGGAGACCGUGGGGGCUGGGGGACUGGGGAGUGUUUGCCGGUCGGGCCUGGUCUGGGACACCAGGCAUUGUGGGUGCCGGGGCCUGCCAGGCCUGGUUCCUCCUACGUGAACUGUGGCCCCCUCUUCCUGAGCAUCCCCGCUGCCAAAGAGACAUUGGACGUGGAGACUGGGACUCAGGGUGGGACCCCAGCCAGCCCCCGCCCCGCACUUGCAGCCCUUGUUUAAGAUUUGAGGGUCAAAGCAAGGAAAGUGGGGGGGGGAUAUUUUAAUAAUUGGGGCGUCAGAGGGAAGAACUCCAGGAGUCAUCUCCCUCCUCUCCCCGCUCUGGUGGGAGAGGAGCGGUGGGUCUUAGAAGUCUUUCCUAAGGACCCAUUUCUUCUUCUGUGUACAGGACUUUGCACAACUUUGGUUUUAAAAGCUGUUGAAAAAUAGGAAAACAAAGGGCAUUGUUAACAGAUAGGAUCAAUCUCCCCUCGGUAGGCACCUCUGCGCUGCCCCCCCACCUCUUCCUCUCCCCCCACCCCUCUUCUUCUCCUCCAGUAAGCUGGCAGUUUUGGUGCCAAACCCCAAGUCUCCAAGGAGACAUACCAGGCAAGACAAACCCCAAAACACCCCCUUUCCGGUGGCCUUGGAAACGGAGUGCAUGGGGUGAAGUGCACAGGAGAGGGGGGGUUGUAGCUUGGUGCCUUGAGGGGUGAGGGGGUAGCUAUCGGAGGGCUGGUGGCACUGCCCCUCCUGGCCCAGACAUCCCCCCAGAGCUAACUUUCCUCCACCCCUGAUGUGGUCAACCCUUGCAGAAGAGGAGAGGUAGAAGACUGUAGCUAUAUAUAUAUAUAGUCUGUAUUUUUCUAAGAGCAACAGAAAGAGCUGCCUCCUCCCUGUGUGGUUUCCUAUUUAUGUGGCCCUUUCCUCCUGGAUGUACCUGCCUGUGCGUCGUGAGCUGCGAGACACAGGGAUGGGCUCUGGCUGGAUUGGGGUUCGGUGGGGGGUGCAGAAAUGAGAAGAGAAAUGCUGGAUCUCCAACAGUCCCACCCAGGGGGGCAGGAACGGAGCCAGCUCCCACUCCCUCCCAGCCUUCUCAUUUCUGCUUUCUUACUGGACCAUCUUUAUAUGUAAUGUUAAUAAAAAAGAAGGAAAUAA